AUGUGGGACCUGAAUUCGAGUCAAAAGGCGGUCGUUGCGUCACAUGAUUUGCCAAUUAGCUGUCUCGAUUUUCUGACUCUUCCACAGACGAUGAGCCAGGUGCUUAUCACCGGGAGCUGGGACGGCAAGUUGCGUUGGUGGGACCUGAGGCAGCAGAACUUUGUGAGGGAAGAUAACUUGGGGGAGCCUGUGUUCGCUCUCGAUGCACAGAAAACAGUUCCAAUGUUGGCUGCUGCAACAGGUCGACUUGCUCAUGUUUAUGACGUGCAACAGAUGCAGAAGGUCAACGAACUCAAACUCCCCGACGUUAUGAAAUUUAAUCUCCGCUGCAUCACGUGCGCCCCACAGUACGACGGAGUCGGAGUCGGUUCCUCAGAGGGGCGAGUCUCCUUCCUCAACUUGAAAGAUGGUCAAGGGUGCACAUUCAAGGCGCACAUCAUUAGCGAAAAGUCCCACUAUAUUCUAAAUCAGACCAAUUUUUGUGUGCACCACCCUACGCUGCCAAUUCUCCUGUCCGGUGGAGGCGAUGGUAAUUUGACGCUCAUCAACCGUGUCGAUCGCAAAAUCGUCAAAACACUUCACUGCGAGCAAAAAGUAGGCACUCAAGCGAUCCCAAUAUCGGCUGGCGACAUCAGCGUGGAUGGAUCUCUUGUUGCCUAUGCGCAUAGCUAUGAUUGGGCUAUGGGUAAGAGUGGCUACAAAAACCAACCAACCUCAGUGCACAUUCGGCCGUUGUCGUGA